UGGGGGUCAGGCGCUAAGGACGACUAAAACAGGGCAGCGUAAACUGAACCGGAAGUGAUUCCGAGUACAAACAAUACUGUGUCAGACAUGUCAUCUGAGCAAUAUGAGAAGCUCAAUGAGCUCUUCAAGGAACUGAACACGAACCCACAGGAAAACCCACAAAGGCUGCAGAACUGCUGUGGAGGUGGGAUGCAACAGCAACCUCAAGGGUUUCCGCUGAUAUCAGUGAUGCAACCAAGCAUGCAGAAUAUGAUGGGAAUCGGAUAUGCGGCCCAGAUUCCACAUGGGACCAUGGCUUUGCAGGGUGGAAUACCAAUGGGACCUAUGCAGAGCACAGCAGCAUCUUUCAUGGGGCAGCCUUCUUUUCUAAGAAUGCAUCAUCCAGCUCCUCAGUAUUCCAUGGAGAUGCAAAAACAGUUUGCAGAAGAGCAACAGAAGAGGUUUGAACAUCAACAAAAAAUGUUAGAGGAAGAAAGAAAACGGCGACAGUUUGAAGAACAAAAACAAAAACUACGGAUGCUAAGUAGCGUAAAGCCCAAGACUGGUGAAAAAAGCAGAGAUGAUGCACUGGAAGCUAUUAAAGGAAACUUGGAUUUUUUUUCAAGAGAUGCAAGAAUGCAUCCUCCUCCUGUGCUUCAAACCAAGACAACAGGUGGAAUUUUCGCAGCAUCUAACACCAUGACACCAAAGCUGCCACCUUGGAUCCAUAAUGAUAAUCUUGUCCCAGAGUUCUACAAGAACAUUUUGGAAACCACAAUGACAGCUACUGGGAUAGAUACAGCCAAACUGUAUCCUAUAUUAAUGUCCUCAGGUCUUCCCAGAGAGACUUUGGGGCAGAUCUGGGCAUUAGCUAAUCGAACAGUGCCAGGAAAACUUGCAAAAGAGGAACUGUACACAGUUUUAGCAAUGAUAGCCAUUGCUCAGAGAGGAGGACCUGCUCUCAAUCCAGAUGUUCUAAACCAGAUUCCAUCUGCUCCUAUACCAGUUUUAAGUGGUUUUCCAGUGGCUUUGCCAACCCAUUCAAAUCAGCUGCAUAUGAUGUCUACAGGACCUGCUUUAUCGAUUCCUCCUGCCCAGCAACCUACUAUAAUGAAUAAAGCUUCAUUAGCAGGGGAAACUGCAUCUAAUUUAUUGAACACUUUCACGCCUUCCUUCCCUGCUCAUCAGCCUGUUAAAUCUGAAGAUGAUGAUUUUCAGGAUUUUCAAGAUGCUUCUAAACCUGGACCCCUGAAUGUCCCCUCAGACUUUCAAAGCAACAUCUCACUAAAUGCAAUAAAUAAAAAACAUUCUCAGAUAAAUAACAGCAGUAAAAACUUGCUUGUGCCAAUUUCUGGUAUAGCAGUUACAUCAGCCUCUGUCGAUAAAUAUGCUGUCUUUAAAGAAAUCUCGAUGGAUAAGCCCUCUGAUAAAACAUCUACAUUUGAAGGAGACAGUUUUACAAAUUUCAAGUCUGCUUCCCCUGAAAGUUCCUCUGACAGUAAAGCCUCGGACAGCAUUCCAACCCUUGAUCUUUCUGCUGGCAUUGCAGAUUUUUUGUCACCAUCUCCAAUUAUACCUCUUCCACAGAAAUCAACAGGCCAACUAAAACCUUUAGUAAAUGUUGCAGGUAUUGAUCCUUUCUCACCUGCAGUAACAUCUGCAACAUUCAAUCCUCUUCCCUUGCCAACUCCAAUCCCUUUAUCAAGGCCUGCAUCAUCCAGUGUACCUUUUGUUUCAUCAUCUGAUCCUGUUUCUUCAAUGACUUCUACUGUUUCGUGUGAAUUUGGGGAUUUUGCACUUUGUGAGGCUUCUUCUGGUUCCCAAAAUGACUUUGCUGAUUUCAUGGCUUUUAACCAUAACAGCAGUAUUUCAGAACAAGAUUUUGAAGACAAAUAUAAAUCAUUUAAUACAGAACACAGUACAUCUGGUAUGCAGUCUUUUACAGCAAACACUGUUCAGACCAAGCACAAUACAUCAUCAUCUGUUGCAAAUAAUUAUGACACCUCUAAACCAUUUUGUUUGGACAACUCCAGCUUAAUGCAUGAUGAAAUCAAGGACAUAGUUUUCCCUGCUAGAGACAAUACUUUAGCCGAUUCGCUUUCUGAAAAGAUCUCGGUAACAGAGAACAGCAAUGAAAGAUCAUUUGUGGACAAGAUUGCGGCUUUCAAACAAAACAAAGAGGACUCUGCUUCUAUUAAAUCUCUUGAUCUUCCUUCUAUUAGUGGCAGUAGCAUUGGUAAAGAAGAUUCAGAAGAUGCACUCUCACUCCAGUUUGACAUAAAAUUGCCAGAAACUGAGGGGAAUCUGAAGCAUGUGAUGUCUGAUGGCUAUCUGGAUUUGCAAACAGGUAGUGGUCAAAAUCUGUCACUAGCAGAUAUGGAUGAUUUUAAAGGAGGGAAUAACCACCUGGAAAGCAAUGACUGGUUUGAAAAGGAUUUCAUAAUAAAUCAACCUAAAAAACAGUCAGAAUUCAUCCUUGGUUCUGAUAACUCUGGCACCAGUGAAUCUUUGCAAGAAAAAGUGUCUUCCUUUGGAGACCCUAUAGCAACCAUAUCCAAGAUGAAUACAUUUACAAGAGACAGCUUCUUUCAAGAAGGGCUAAAAAAGCCUCUGGAAGAACUAAAUGAGGACCUUUUCAGGCAGAAAGUAGAUGAUGUGUCGACUCUUAGUCUAGAACAAGAUACUAAUAGCCAUGAAAAGCCUCCUAUUUGCAUUGCUCCUGAGGACAAAAACAGUAGUGAUUUUGGGGAAUUCCAAAGGGAAAAAACAAAAAUAAGUAAGUUUGACUUUUUAAUGGCCACCUCUCAGGGAAAAGUGAAGUCAAGUGAAGAGAUGAUAAAAAAUGAACUUGCAACACUGGACUUGUGUGCUCAAGGAUCCCAUAAAAGAAGUUUAAGCCUUGGUGACAAAGACAUCAAUCAUACUGCUCUUUCACCUGCUCCUGAGAAACCUCGUGACCGUUCAAACACACUAAGUGAAAAGCCAGCUUUACCUGUCAUCAGGGAUAAGUACAAAGAUCUUACUGGAGAGGUAGAGGAAAGUGAGAGAUAUGUAUAUGAAUGGCAAAGAUGCCUAGAAUGUGCUCUUAAGAUUAUCGCAAAAGCUAAUGACACACUCAAUGGAAUAAGUAGCUCAUCUGUAUGCACAGAAGUUAUUCAGUCUGCACAGGGCAUGGAAUAUCUGCUAGGUGUUGUUGAAGUCUACCGAGUUACUAAAAGAGUAGAACUGGGCAUUAAGGCUACAGCAGUGUGCAGCGAGAAACUUCAGCUCUUACUUAAAGAAAUAGACAAACUCUGGAACAACCUAAUUGGAUUCAUGUCACUAGCAUCAUUAAUGCCCGAUGAAAGUGCUCUAGACUUUUCCUCCUGCAUGCUUCGACCGGGAAUAAAAAAUGCUCAGGAGCUGGCAUGUGGCGUGUGCUUACUAAAUGUAGAUUCCCGCAGUAAGAAAGAAGAGAAACCUGCUCUGGAACAUCCUAGAAAAGCAUUUAACUCAAAAAACGAUAACUUUAAGCUUUCCUAUGGUGGGCACCAGUACCAUGCCAGCUGUGCAAAUUUCUGGAUCAACUGUGUACAGCCCAAACCACCCGGACUCCUCCUGCCAGACCUAUUAUAGGAAUACACAGGAUUUAUACUGGAACUACCAUACACAGAUUACUGUAUUCAUAAAUGACUGCUCUUCAUAAACCUUUAUUCUCGGAUUUACCAUGAUGAAAGUCAGGAAAUAGAGAGAUGCUUACAGUUAAAAUGAAGCAAAUAUUGCACUAAUCACUGCCAUUCCGUGCCCUGCUGUACAUUCCUUUUAUUGUAAAUAUCACAGCAACUCCUAUUUAGUGAAAUUAUGAAUGAAAGAACAACAGUUACAGCUUAUGAAAGUAUUUGGACAUUCUUUUAUUGUUAGUUUUUUCCCCCUGGAGGAAGUAAAUGGAUGGGAGAAUUUGACAGCAACAACAUACAGCAUUUUUAAUUGAAUUUUGUUUUUUAAUUUAUUGACAGCAUGUUCAGAAAAACCAGAAAGACCUGUUUAGAGCAUUACACGGUUUAAUAAUGUAAAGUGGUAAAUUGCUGUCCACAGAAUCAGUAAGAUGUAAAACUAAGGUAUUUUGAAAGCUUUGAAAAACAUAAGAAAUUCCUACUGUGUCAACAUUUACUGCCUGAGGAGAUACCCCUGACCUCAGCACUUACCCUGUGACAGCUGGAUAUAUAUAAUAUAGCACACCACAGAGUGGGGGUUGAAGCCUGGGUGCUACUGCAGAAAAUCAAAAUAUAGAUGCAACAAACACAAGCAUUCACAGGACUUUGAGAGCUAUGAUAAAAAAAAAAAGGAUAAAUAUUACCAAAAAGUUUCCUUAUAUGGUUUUUUAUUGAUCCAACGUUUCAGUUCCUUACAGGAACUUUCGUCAGGGAGACAAACACAUUGUGGCGCCACUCUGCGCCUUUAAAGUGUUUGUACACAUUCUGUGUCUGUCUCCCUGACAAAAGUUCCUGUAAGGAACUGAAACGUUGGAUCAAUAAAAAACCAUGUAAGGAAACUUUUUGGUAAUAUUUAUCCUUUUUUUGAUCAUAACUCUCAAAGUCCUGUGAAUGCUUGUGUUUGUUGCAUCUAUAUAUAUAGAAAGAGAAAUACUAACAUGUAACCACAUAUUGCUUUUCUAUGAAAGUUCAGAUGUAGCUGUCAGAAAUAAACAUGUAAAUUGCAAAUACACUGGAGAAAAAUGUAAUGCAUGGCCUGGGCCCACACGCAUACAGAAGCAAUUGUAUCCAUACAGAUACACAUUUUCUUACCUAGAAAAUACAAAGCCACAAGAAAAAAAAUAAUCAAGAUCAAAUACUGAUAUAUGGACACACACACAUGUAAUCCAAGGAAAGUUUCUACUCUGUGUGCUUACAGGCCCAAAGGCAUCAACGUGAGCUUUUUUUAUUCCUAGUUUUGUUUUAUGAAAGGAGCACUGAAAUGGUUUAAGCACAUAGCACUCCUCCUCGUGUUCUAAGCUUAAAGUUGGCCACAGAAAUUUUGCCCCAAAUGUAUUUGACCUGGUUAGAAACUAUCAACACAAACUGUAAUAUAAAAAUGUAAAUUACCAACUUGUGUCCUGUAAGUGUUCUAAACUUGAUUUAGGAUGUUUCUUGUAUUUAACAAUAUGCUGUUGUCCGUACCUCUUUUUAAUUGUUCAUACACAAGUAUGGGAAGUAAAGUAACUCCUUCCCCAGUGAUUCUUAUUGGUAAACCACAGACCAACACUCCACUCCUCUUCCUCAAAAAAUUCAUGGACCCAGAGUACUUUCUUGUUUUCUCAGGCAUUCCUUGCCUCUCCCUGUGUGAGUGUAUAACAGUACAGAAUGUCAUCAGUGAUUUCUAUACUGCGCAUGCGUCCAGCUUCAAUAGGCACAGGGGAUGCUUGGGAAAGAUGAAGAACAUGGCAGUGUGAUGUUUAAAAUAAAGUACCCUUGGGCCUGUGCAUUGUUUGGAGAAGAGGAACACAGAGGGGAACUUAACAAAGUGGCACCCCCUCAGUAAUUUUAAGUCUUUUAUUAAUAUUUUGAGUCCUGUUCUUGUUGAGUUUCUUAACCCAUUUAGAAUCGGAAAUCACUCUUCAAGGGGGGUUGGAAAAAGGUGUCACUUGUGUAAAGAAGUUUCAGUUGUUUGCAUUUGAUGUAUCAAUCUUUUCAUUGUAAACUAUGAGUAUUUCCUUGCUGUGACCUGUGCAACCAGAGUAAUUAUGCACUACGAGGCACACGUUCUGUACAUGUUCGGUGCACGAAUGCUCAAGUUGUUAAUCAUGUCAAAGCUAAUUCGGUUUAAAUGCUGGAUGUCACAUUCCAUAAACUAUAUCAUUUGAGCUUCACUCAGAAAAUGCAGUGGUAAAUACGGAAUAAUUUAAUUUAUAAGACUAAAAUUAAUUUUCUGAAGCAGAUUUAAAAAAAAAAAAAAGUUCUAUUGGAGCUAAUAAAUUUUAAUGUUUUUCUCCAGAUUUAUUUUAGGUGUUUGCUUUGUGUUGCCUUUCCUGCUCGGCGUGAUGUGUUUGUGAAACCUUUUAGACUAUUUAUGUUGAAUUGUUGUUAACUGUUGUAGUAUUAGGUUUUGUGUGUGGAUGCUUGUUAUUUUCUUGUUUUGGUAUUUGCAUGUUGUUAAAUGUUUCUCAGCCUUUUAAUAAAAAGGUUAUAACUCUUAGGAAAA